AAAUUCGCAAUCAGCAAAUACAGCAACACGAGAAUCACUUAGCUCAAAAUAUUAAUUCAAAUCAAGAAAGUUCUUAUGAUGGUGAUGAUGACAGUGAUGGUGACGAUAAUGAUGAUAAUAGUGCUGAUAGUAGUGAUGAUAAUAGUUAUGAUAAUA